AUGGCUGUGUACUGCUAUGCCCUCAACAGCCUGGUGAUCAUGAAUAGCGCCGAGCAGGUGAAGAGCGGCGGCCCCCGGCCCAGCAGCAGCGAGACGCCCCCGCCGCCGGGGAGGGCCGCGCUGAGCCCCGGCAGCGUUUUCAGUCCCGGGAGAGGCGCCUCUUUCCUUUUCCCCCCCGCCGAGUCGUUGUUGCCCGAAGAGCCCGGGAGCCCCAGGGGCUGGCGGGGCCGGCGCAGGCUGAGCAGCGGCGGCGGCGGCGGCAGCAGCGUGUGCAGCCCGAGUUGGGCGGGCCGCGCUCUAGGGGACGGGCAGCAGGUGGUGACCGCAGGAUCCCUCUCCCCUCCGGGGCCGGAGGAGACCCAGAGGAAGCUUCGAAUCCUGCAGCGCGAGUUGCAGAAUGUGCAGGUGAACCAGAAAGUGGAUAUGUUCGAGGCGCACAUCCAGGCGCAGAGCUCCGCCGUCCAAGUGCCGCGCAGCCCGCGCCUGGGCAGGGCUCGUUCUCCCUCUCCCUGCCCCCUCCGCAGCAGCAGCCAGCCCCCAGGGAGGGCCCUGGCUCGGAGUGAGGAACGGAGGACAAAGUCGUGGGGGGAGCAAUGUCUAGAGACUGCAGAGGCCGCCUCCUCCCGCCGGAGAGGAAGGGCGCUGGGCCUGUGCCUCUCAGAGGGCGACGAGGGGGUGGCACCUUUCCCCGGCCCCGGGGCCCCGUCAGGACCAGGGGCUCAGGGUGCAGCGGCUUCUGCAAGAAUGGAGAAGGGGACCCCUGCCAGACCCCACUGCUCGCCCAGAGCUGUGGAAAUCGACAAGACGGUCUCUCUGCCUUCCCAAACCGGCAGCUGCCAAGCUUCCCCACUGGGGCUGAUCCACGUGAACUUAGGGAUGGCCACAGAGGGGACAGCAAGAGCCACAUCCAGUGGGCCACACCAUCCACACGACCCUGACCUCACUGAGCGGCCUGAGAGGGCCCGAGAACUCGGUUGUGUGCACCCCCAGGAGUCUCCCGUGCAGAGACAGGGGCAGCCUCUGGGCAGUAAGACAAACCCAGCCCCAGAGAGGGAAGGGCCCCAAAACGGGGAGCCCCCUGGGGAGGUGGGGAAAGGAGAUCUGCCUGGUGGCCUGGGGGGCGGCCCUGGGGUUCCUGAAGCCAGAAGUCCAGAGGACAGGACUGUGAAUCCACAAAGCUCGGAGCUUUCUGAGGCCCCCAACCGGGUCAGGCCACCUCCAGACCUGGGCUCCGUAAAGCCAGAGGUGACCCAGGGUGGGGCCCCCAUGGUCGGGGAGCCUCCAGCGAGCUCCAGAGGAGUGGAUGAAGGGUCUCUGACAACACGAGGCUUGCUUGGGGGCAGUUGCUUAGCACAGCCAGGGACACAGGAGGUGAAGGCGGGAAUUCCCUCUGGGGGAAUGCUGGAGACUUUGCCUUCCUGGGGAGCUGCGAAAGAGCUGAAAGAACCACCGUGCCUUCCUGGGGAAGAGCCUGGGAGCUCUGGGGCUUGGCUGGGCCCCAUGGAGGCAGCCCAGCUGGCCUGGACGUGUGGCACAGGGGUGCAGUCGGAGGGCACUUGGGGAAGCCCUCAGCGGGACGGAGCUGCCCACCCCAGCCUGGAGCUGCUCUCCCCAGAUCAGAAGGAUAAGACUUCCCCGAGAGAGGCCUGCAGCCCCAGCAGUAUACCAGCGGUCAUCAUCACAGACACGGGUGCCCAGGAGGAUGGGACCUUGGAGGAGGCCCAGGGGAGCCCUCGGGGUAGCCUGCCCCUGAGGAAACUGUCCUCUUCAUCUGCCUCCUCCACUGGCUUCUCCUCCUCCUAUGAAGACUCGGAGGAGGACAUCUCCAGUGACCCCGAGCGCUGCUUGGACCCCAACUCCGCCUUCCUGCAUACCUUGGACCAGCAGAAGCCCAGAGUGAGCAAAUCAUGGAGGAAAAUAAAAAACAUGGUUCACUGGUCUCCCUUUGUCAUGUCUUUCAAGAAGAAGUACCCUUGGAUCCAGCUGGCAGGACACGCAGGGAGCUUCAAGGCGGCAGCCAACGGCAGGAUCCUAAAGAAGCACUGCGAGUGUGAGCAGCGCUGCCUGGACCGGCUGAUGGCCGACGUGCUGAAGCCCUUUGUGCCCGCCUACCACGGGGACGUGGUGAAGGACGGAGAGCGCUACAACCAGAUGGACGACCUGCUGGCCGCCUUCGACUCGCCCUGCGUGAUGGACUGCAAGAUGGGUGUCAGGACCUACCUGGAAGAGGAGCUCACCAAGGCCCGGAAGAAGCCCAGCCUCCGCAAGGACAUGUACCAGAAGAUGAUCGAGGUGGACCCUGACGCCCCAACUGAGGAGGAGAAGGCCCAGCGGGCUGUGACCAAGCCGCGGUACAUGCAGUGGAGGGAGACCAUCAGCUCCACCGCCACCCUCGGCUUUAGGAUCGAGGGCAUCAAGAAAGAAGACGGCUCCGUGAACCGGGACUUCAAGAAGACCAAAACGAGGGAGCAGGUCACCGAGGCCUUCAGAGAGUUCACAAAGGGGAACCGCAACAUCCUGAUCGCCUACCGGGACCGGCUGAAAGACAUUCGGGCCACUCUAGAAGUUUCUCCCUUCUUCAAAUGCCACGAGGUCAUCGGCAGCUCGCUUCUCUUCAUCCAUGACCAGAAGGAGCAGGCCAAGGUGUGGAUGAUUGACUUCGGGAAAACCACGCCCCUUCCCGAGGGCCAGACCCUGCAGCACAACGUGCCUUGGCAAGAGGGGAACCGGGAGGAUGGCUACCUCUCGGGCCUGAACAACCUCAUCGACAUCCUGACGGAAAUGUGCCAGGACGAUCCACUCGCCUGAGGCCCCACGGCACCCGCAUCUCCACCCCGUCCCUUCCUACUCCUCCGCUUCCUUUCUCCUUUCACUUCCCUUUGCGUCUAUCAGGGUGUGAGCCCCAGAGCCGACCCUCCCGAACUGCACUACAAGACACUUUGUAGAGAUGAGAUGGAGAGUUCCAAGAGCAGAUGAGAGAUUUUUCUGGUCACUUUCCUCAUGAAGGGCUUGGAGCUGGGGUUUCUACAUCUGUCUGUGCGUAGGAUCUCCCAGCAGAAGAGGAAUGCCCAGACCCGGGCUUGGCAGCCUGGAGGGCAGCUCUGGUGGGUUGAGGUCUGGAAGCAGACUCAGGUAGCCGUGGCACUCACUGGUGGGUUACUAACCCAGGAGCCAGGUGCAGCCUCUGGAUGGGUCACCUGCGGAGGCCUGCUGCCCCCUGGUGGCCAGUGCGGUCAGUGCCACUGCCAAGCUCAGCCGGUGUGUGUGCCAUCCUCCCCCUGCUGGGGGCGGGGAUGGGGGGACGUUGUAAGAAUCUGGGCUUGGGCAGGUGCCUGGCUGCGGGCUGCUGGUCUUGGGGCACCAAGCCACUGGGAACUGCGUGUCGGCCAUUAACAGCCCAGGGGCGCGCACAGAUGGUGUUGGCCUUCUAUAGGCACCCCACCCAUCUGGUAUUGAAAUCCUCCAGCUUUGGGCCAUACCUGGGAGUCAGGAGAUGUUCUCCCACCCAGGCCUUCGCAGGAGGGGGCAGGCAGGAGCUGUAUUCUUCCAUAUGAUUCUCAUCCUCUGAGUUCAGAGGACACUCCACACACCUGAGCUUCCAGGGCUGUCCCCUAACCCCCCCCAGAGCCACUUGUGCCUCCAGCUCCCUGCCUUGCAGUAGCAAGGUCAGGGGUCCCAGGUGGGGCGGGCUGGGACACAACCAGCCCCGGAGGGAGAAGACAGAACCUACAGAGCACACUCCCUGUACAUCCCUUCACAUACACACCCGCACCAUCUUCCUGGGCUUCUUUUAUGAGAUCAGGCCCCCAGAAAGUUCAGGCAGGCUCUGGGGCAGUGCUGGGCAGGGAGGAAGCAGUUUCCUGGCUUACUGGCCUCCCCUCCCCACUAAAGUAACUCUUAGUGCCUGAAGGGGUUAGACCUACAUUUCCCAAAUGUGGUGCGGGCAACCCCCAGCAUAGGGGAUGGGAGACAGGGUGGCAUCUCUCACUGGAGUCUCCAGGUUGCUUGAACAUGACUGAGGAGCCCCUAAACUGUGUUUUAACUUUCAAGCAAGUUACGUCUCUCUUAUGGAGAAGAAUGUAAAAUUGGCCUGACUUUGUAAGAACAAAACUAUCAGCUCUCUGGCCAUGCAGAGCUGCGCUCCCCAGGUGCCCUCCUUCGCCCAUGGAGGUACAGGAGGGCCCAGAAUUGAGCUCUUGACAGGCAGCAGGUUCUGGGGUCAGUUCCUCCAGAGGGACCAGUCCAGAAGUUUCCUGGGCUGCCGCCUGUCACCCCAGGGUCUCUGGAGGGACCUCCGAUCUCCCCCUAGGACACCAGCAUUUCCCCUUUUCGUGCUGGGUGAGUGACGGUUGGUGGGGGUGGAGGGCGGGUCGCAGGAGGAUGUUUAAGUGCAGAUUUUUUUUUUUUAAAGGAAAUCCCUUUUAAACUUCCUGGCUUUUGUUGAAAACAGUGGUGAGCUCCCAUGUGGGGUAUGCUAAAAGU